AUACAGGCACAAACUUAAAGAGACACGUUACUAAAGCUGUCAUCUAGAAUAAAAUGGAAAGAGUAACUUUGAUUUCGUUAUGUAUCGCUUUGUGUUUAACAUUAACUUUGACUUCACCGAUAGCAGACAUCGAUAUACAAGAAGGUGAACUCAUCAGACAAAAACGUGUUACUUGCGAUGUUUUAAGCAUCCAAUUUGCUGGAUUCUCGGUGGGCCAUGCAGCAUGUGCUCUUCAUUGUAUAGCAUUGAAAAAGAGAGGCGGUAAAUGUUCAGCUGGAGUUUGUAUUUGUCGAAAAUGAUUUGAAAUGGUUAACAAUGCUAUUUGGCAGUAAUUUAUUGUAAAGAAUAAUUAAUUAAAAAAUAAUGUAAUAUAAUAAAAUAAAUAUAGCACUUAUUAAGAUUU